AAGAUGGUAUCACUUCCUGCCACGAUCCUCUCUGUUCUCGUCUUCGUGAGGCAAUGUCGCGCACAGCAAGAGGGCGAAGAACUUCCCGUACCGGCUGAUUUCCCUAAGGCCUUCAUCGCAGCGAUGGCCGUGGCUAUUAUCUGUGUGGUCAUUGUUCUCACGUUAGUCUGCGUUCUCGCUCACUGCUGGCAAUACAUCCUUCGAUAUCGAUGGCGCGACGCGAAGUCCCCCUUCCGGGCCCCUGAGAGAUGGGUCGACCCGGUUUUUGAGUGGCCGCAGCAGCUAAUGCCGCGGUCUAGGAACAAUAGAAAGAGACAGAGACAGAGACAGAGACAAAGACAUGGACCGAAGCAGAGACCAACAGAGAAAGGGGCGUUUGGCUUUGGAGCUGGGGAUGAGAGGAGCGAAAGUCGAGAAGGGAUGCUUAAAGAAUGGACGCAGGACGAAGGAGUAAGUAGGAGUCCAUUUGGGAAUGUCAGCGCGAGAGACUCGCGCGGAUGGGUUACUUGUUAUCUACCAGAGUAGGUAGGUACCUAGCUAUCCAGGCCGUCCAUAUAGCAAUUAUUAUGAAUUUAGGUGCGUGAUAACUUGAUAUACUGUAAUGAAUGAUACGCUGUCAUUCUCGUGAUUUUGACUGAGUAAUAGCUUGCUUCAUCUGCAUAAAAUACAUAUUUACUAAGGUGAUUAUUACCAUUUCUUUCGAUUGUUUUGAGCGUAGCAUA